AUGGAGGAAGACAGGGCAGCGACUAAUCUUGGCCCUGAGUUAGAGAAUGACAUUACAGAAGAGCCUCCUGUUGUGUCCAAGCAGCCGAAGCGUCGCUUUGUGGGGCGAAAGGCCGCUGGGGUCGCAACUGAGCAAGCAUCAGAUCCAAAUGCAAAUAUCGAAGAUAGUAGUGCUAUACAAGUUGCUCAACCACGACGCAGCGCCCGCGCUUUGAAUGCCAUACCCGAGUCCAUCCUCCACGACAAAGACAUAAACGAUGCAAUCGCGUUGCUCCCGCCUAACUAUAAUUUCGAGAUCCACAAGUGUAUACACCGUAUCCGAUCGUCGGGCGCGAAAUCCAUUGCCCUACAAUUUCCUGAAGGCCUUCUCCUUUUCGCGACCACCAUUUCCGAUAUCCUCACACAAUUCUGUCCGGGUACGACCACGCUGAUAAUGGGGGAUGUGACCUACGGAGCAUGCUGUAUAGAUGACUUCACAGCUCGUGCAUUGGGCUGUGAUCUGCUCAUACACUACGCUCAUAGUUGUCUGAUACCAGUGGCCGUGACAAAAAUCGCAACUCUAUACAUAUUUGUUGCAAUCAGUAUUGAUACCCAACAUCUUCUCAACACCAUAACUCAGAAUUUCCCAACGGGAAAGACAAUAGCCCUGGUUGGUACUAUUCAAUUCAACGCCACUAUCCAUGGAAUCGUAUCUAUCCUUCGCCGUGAGGGCUACAAUCCAAUCGUUCCACAAAUCGCGCCGCUUUCGAAAGGAGAGAUUUUAGGUUGUACAUCACCUUCGAUGGCCAUAAAGCCUGGCCAGUUUGAUGCGAAAGGCAGGGAACAAGAAGUCCCUGAUCUGCUACUAUAUCUAGGAGAUGGCAGAUUCCAUCUUGAAAGUGCCAUGAUCGCCAAUCCGUCCUUGCCAGCCUAUCGAUAUGAUCCUUACUCGCGGCGACUCACUCACGAAACUUACGAACAUGAAUCUCUUUACUCUUUGCGACGUACAGCGAUUCUCACUGCUCGUAAGGCACGUACAUGGGGAAUUAUACUUGGCUCUCUUGGCCGCCAGGGAAAUCCGCACACAUUGACACUCAUCGAAAAAGAAUUGAAGCGCCAAGGGCUCAAAUCCGUAAAUCUGCUAUUGUCGGAGAUUUUCCCCGGUAAAUUGGGAAUGAUGUCGGACGUCGAAGCCUGGGUACAGAUUGCGUGCCCACGAUUAAGUAUUGACUGGGGAUAUGCAUUCCCCCGACCUCUUCUAAGUCCUUACGAGGCCCUGGUUGCGUUAGGCGUGAAAGAUGCGCCGUGGUUAGAAGAGGAAGAUCCUGGGCAGAAAAUUGAGCAAAGGAGAAAUCUAUACCCAAUGGACUUUUACGCGCGGGAGGGCCUGGGCAGGACAACACUUGCGCAUGUCCAAGCGAGUUGA